ACGAGCGGAUAGAGAGUUGGUGAAGGAGCGGGGUAGAGCAGACGGCGUCGAUCGAUGACCAGACACAAUGCCUCGGUGGCGUUCUCUCAACAUCUUCCAUUGUUAUAUCUUUAUCGCUUUGCAGGGCUAGAUAUCUCCGAACCUGGGGAAAUGCAGGAGGCAUGGCAACGUCGACGACCACGGAUGAUGCCCAGCUGAGACAGCUGCUGCGAGACUUCAUCUCGGCAUGUCACAUCUUGCACCAUCAUCGGGUCCUUGAUGCGUUUGGCCAUCUCUCCGUUCGCCAUCCUCGUUAUGCCGACCGAUUCAUCAUGUCGAGAUACAUUGCGCCUGGGACAAUUUCGUCGGAACGCGAUCUGAUUGAGUACUGGGUGGACGACGCCGAGCCGGUCAAUCCCAGCGCAUCCAAAGGCUACACCGAGCGCUGCAUCCAUAGCGAGAUUCUGAAGCGGUUCAAGGAUGUACACGCUGUUGUUCAUAGCCACGCGGAAGCCGUGAUGCCGUACACCAUCUCCGGCGUGCCAUUCCGACCCUGCUCCCACAUGGCUGGCUUCUUGAGCAGUACGAGUUGUCCGGUAUUUGACAUUGGCGACCACUACGAAGCCGGCGAUCGAAAAGACAUGCUGGUACGAAACACGAGACUGGGUGGAGUGCUGGCGUCGUACUUUGGCGAAGGUGAACCGGCGCAUUCGGUGGUGUUGAUGCGUGGGCAUGGAUUUACUGUGCAGGGCUCGAGCAUCAUGGAUGUGGUGCUGCGAGCGGUGUAUACGCUGCAGAAUGCGAGUGUACAGACCACAGCUUUGCUAACCCAGGCCGCAUACUUUGGGGGACCAGGUGUGAGGUCGGGAGGUAUUGACGAGAGACCCGAAAUGCAUUAUCUGACUCAGGAAGAGACGGAGGCGACGACGGAGAUGUCGAGGCGGUCGGCAGGAAGACCGUGGAGGCUGUGGUUAAGGGAAGUGGAGGCCACCGGGAUGUAUGUGAAUGCUGCGUGAAAUAUGUCACCUUACUGUACGCCCGUAGGUACCAGAAUGGAACCUCCGCGGCACACAAGGCGGUGGCCUGUCGUCUUGGCGAUACGAGUGUCUCAUGAUUGAGUGCCAAAUAUGGUAGCGUUGCUUUGAAUUCGUGGCUGUGGCUUCGUAUCCAAACUUGGUGACAUUGUCACGCCACCC